AGUCUACUUCUGAUCAAUGCUAAAUGCUCAACCCGUAAAUAUUAUUAUUAGGAUAUGAUAAUUCAUUUUUAAAUAGUUUGUUUACGAAAGUGAACUCACAUACAGUCCUAGUAUUCUAGGUAUCGAAUUGUAUAACAUGAACAUAUAUGAAAUAAUUGAUUACAGUCCUGAUGUAUGAUCAUCUCAACCCUACUUUUUUUACCAUUAUCAUAUUAUUACUUUUUAGUAAUUGUUAAAUGUCUGUUAAGUUCUUUUUAGUAUGUAACAGAAAGUAUUCACGAGUAGAACCUAAUAGUGUUUCAGAAAGAACUCUUAUUAAAAUACAACAUAUUCAUGAGUAGAAGCUAAUAGUAUUUUAGUAAAAAUAGUUGACGAAAACAAGGAAAAUAUCUUCAGAAAGAACUCUUAUUAAAAUACGUAAGUUUAUUUAUAAUAUCAGAAGGAAUUCUUAUCAAAAUACUAUAUAACAGAACAUAUUCAUGAGUAGAAGCUAAUAGUAUUUUAGUAAAAAUUGUUGACGAAAAUAAGGAAAAUAUCUUCAGAAAGAACUCUUAUUAAAAUACUUAAAAUGAUGAGAAGAACGAUUUCUAAGAAAACUCGAAUGGGUGUAACUGGAGAUGGGUUAAUUGAAUGUUUCUUUUGUACCAAUUUAUUUCCAUAAUUUAGCUUAUGAUAGUCAUUUCAUAAUUAAAGAACUGGGUCGUAAUGAUAAAGAUAUUUAUAUAAUACCAAAUUCUUGUGAAAAAUAUAUAUCAUUUAGUAAAACAGUUGCACCUAAGUUUAGUAUUAAAUUUAUAGAUACUUAUCGUUUUAUGUCAGAAUCUUUAUGUGAUUUAGCAAAAAAUUUAUCUGAAGAUAAAACAAGAUUUAAACAAACUAUGAAAAUAUUUUCUAAAUCAUCUUUAGAUUUAGUUACUCGGAAAGGUGUUUUUUCCUUACGAAUAUAUUUCUGAUUUAAGUAAAUUAAAUGAUACUUGUCUACCCUCGAGACAAGAAUUUUAUAAUUCGUUAAAAGACGAAAAUGUUAGUGAUGAAGAUUAUUUACAUGCGCAGAAGGUUUGGAAGGUAUUUAAUAUAAACAAUUUAUUAGAGUACAGUAAUUUAUAUUUAAUGUGUGAUGUUUGUAUUCUUGUAGAUGUGUUCGACAAUUUUAGAGAUCUUUGUUUACAAACCUUUAAAUUAGAUGCUUCUCAUUUUAUAACUGCACCAGGAUUCGCAUUCGAAUGCAUGUUGAAACAUACAGAGGUUAAAUUAGAACGUCUUAAAUGUUAUAAUAUGCAACUUAUGUUAGAAGAAGGGAUACGAGGAGGUAUUUGUCAGUCGGUUAAAAGAUAUGUAAAGGCUAAUAUACCAAAUAUUGAAAAUGUUGAUUUUAAUGAAAAUAAACCGAAUACGUGGAUAGCUUAUUUAGACUGUGUAAAUCUUUAUGGAAAGUCUAUGCUUUCUGCACUACCCUAUCAGAAUUUUGAAUGGUUUGAAAAUUUAACAUUAGAUGUAACAAAAAUUGACGAUAAUUCUGAGUAUGGAUAUAUUCUAGAGGUAGAUACUGAUUAUUCUAAAUCCUUACAUAAAAUACAUAACGAAUUCCCAUUUUUACCUCAUAAUACUUAUCCACCAAAUUCUAAAGUGAAAAAACUUCUCACAACAUUAACUCCGAAGAAAAAUUAUGUGGUUCAUUAUAGAAAUUUGAAACAAGCUAUUGCUAAUGGUAUAAAUGUAACAAAAGUUCAUAGAAUAAUCCGCUUUAAGCAGUCUAAAUGGAUGGCAUCAUAUGUUGAACUUUGUACUAAUAUGAGAGCUAAAUCUGAAAAUGAAUUUGAAAGACAGUUUUGGAAACUAUUAGUUAAUAGCGUUUUUGGAAAAUGUAUGGAAAAUGUAAGGAAACGAAUGUCAAUUAAAUUAGUUAGUAGUAAAGAGAAAGCACAUAAAUUAAUGAGGAAACCUUUUUUUAAAGACAGAACGAUAUAUUCAAAAGAUUUAAUGGCAGUUUACAUGCAUAAAGAAACAUUUAAAUUCGAUAAACCGAUUUAUGUAGGGUUUGCUAUAUUAGAUAUUUCUAAAACAAUUAUUUAUAAUUUUCAUUAUAACGUAAUGAAAAAAAAAUAUGAAAAUAAAUUAAAUAUUAUUUAUACAGAUACUGAUUCUCUUGGAUAUGCCGCAUAG